AGGAAAUGACCAGAGACUGCGGACACAGUACAGGGGAUGACCAGAGACUGCGGACACAGUACAGGGGAUGACCAGAGACUGCAGACAGUACAGGAGAUGACCAGAGACUGCAGACAGUACAGGAGAUGACCAGAGACUGUGGACACAGUACAGAAGAUGGCCAGAGACUGCGGACACAGUACAGGAGAUGGCCAGAGACUGCGGACACAGUAAAGGGGAUGACCAGAGACUGCGGACACAGUACAGGGAAUGACCAGAGACUGCGGACACAGUACAGGGGAUGGCCAGAGACUGCGGACACAGUACAGGGGAUGGCCAGAGACUGCGGACACAGUACAGGGGAUGGCCAGAGACUGCGGACACACUGUUUGUGUGCAGCUCAGACUGCAUAGAUAUU